CAGGCCACGAAUGGCAAUUCAAAAAUUAUCGAUGGGAAGACCCAAAAGCGCUUUUUCAGAAUGGUGCGUUUGUUUGCCUCAAAAAGACUUAGCUUGAUGCGAAGCGAUCUGAUAGUGAAAGGCGUGCACUUUCGCUGGGCGAACCAGAUCGAUGCCUCUAUGCACGCCAAGCUGAAAUCAUGGAACGUAACCGAAUACCAAGCCAGUCUCUCACUCCAUCGUCAGUCUAAAGUCUAACCUCUACCGCGAUACAGUUGCAGCCAAAUCAACGGCACACCGACAAGUCCAUCAUCGCAGAAUUCUGGCAAUCCCUCGAGCAAUGGAUCGCCGCUCACAAACCGCAGCUCAACUAUUAAAUAGACGACCGCGUCCUCUCUCUCUCUCUCCGCCUGUUGUACGAACUCGCGCGCAUGCGCAUGUUGCAUGAACCUAGCAGAUAGCAUUGCCCAAUGCGUUCUCACUCGAUAUGACCGCCUGCCGCGGAGCUGCAAGCCGCUCAGACGAGCCAACGGCAAAGAGGAAUGGACAGUCUUAGCGGGCAUCGUGCUCCGAAAGGACGAACAGCUGCUUUGCAUCAGUCUCGGCACAGGCGUACGAUGUUUGCCCCACGAACAGCUGCCCAAGCACGGCGAUAUCUUGCACGAUUGUCAUGCCGAAGUCCUGGCCAAGCGUGGCUUCCGACGCUGGCUUUACACGCAACUCGAAUCCAUCCAACACUCUCCUGAGCAUGCUUGGUUCAGUGCAUGCGGCUCAGGCCGAUGGCGUAUGCACUCAAACGUCAAAGUGCACCUCUACAUCUCUACGCUACCUUGCGGUGAUGCGUCGAUGACGGCUUCUGCGCUUUUGCAAGACCCUCAGACCGCACUCAUCAUGGCUACAACGGGCAGACCAGGCAUAGCCAAGGACUGGUCGAGUCUGCACAGCGCAGAAGAGCCCAACGGCUUGCUACGAGGUCGCACCCAAUUCAACGCCAGAGGUCUCCGGACGAAGCCAGGCAGGCUUGAUGCGCCGUCGACCUCUUGCAUGUCUUGUUCGGACAAGAUUGCUUCUUGGAUCUGCACAGGCCUACAAGGAGCUCUCCUCUCGCGCUUCUUCGAGCCGAUCUACCUCUCGUCGAUCGUCAUCGGUGAGACUGCGCAGAUAGCCGCUCUAGGCAACCCGGACAGCCUCGAAGCCAUGAUGGCCGACUGUCAGAGUGCUUUCAAUGCACGAACAGCGAUUCACAGGCAAUUGGCUGACUUGUACGAUGCUACGGUCGCUUUCUGCUCAAUCACAUACGAUCGCUCGCGUCUGCAGCUCAAGAGCAGCAUGUCUGCAGAAGAUAUCGUGCCCGCCACAGAGGCUACAAGCUGGAUUGAAGGCUCUGAACCCGAAGCACUUUAUGCAGGCUGUCGGCGAGGUGCUCGACCGGACCGAGAGCACGCGCUAGCUCACAAGAAAAGAUCACGCCUUUGCAAAGUGUCCUUUCUCGAGGCUUACUGUAAGCUCACGGAGGAAAGCUCAGUCGAAUAUCAUCAAGCCAAGCAAAGCUCGCAUGCUGGCACAAUGGCCUACAGACACGCAAAGGAGUGUCUGCGAACAGGACCGUUCAGCGCAUGGCUCGUCACGUCAGAGGCAACAGGGCGUUUUCGUCUUCCGCCCGGCGGAAACAAUGACACAUGA